UGUGAUGAAUGAAAGCGCCUAUGGAUUUACACGGCGUUUAGCGGAGCAGAUGACCAAGACACUCUAUUUCUCUGAUUGAGUUCAAAGGGGUGCCGAUCUGGCGAACCGUAGGCUCCAACUUUUGAUGUGACUUCGCCCACCAAAAGAAACACCCAUGACUGUCGCUUCUCCCCAGGUCCAGCGACGGACGUCCGUCGUCGUCGUCGGCGGUGGCCUCGUUGGCCUCAGCCUCGGCCUGUUCCUUCAGCAACAUCGAGUUCCCUUUGUACUCAUUGAGCGGAACAAUGAUCCAGUCCCCUUACCCCGCGCCCGCGGCUUCGCGCUGCGAACCAUGGAAUUCUUUCGCCAGCUCGGGCUGCAGGAAGAGGUCGAGAAGGCGGCUGCGUCGGCAUGGAAAAUGGGGUCGUUCGGGGGCGUCCGCUUCGGGCAAUCAAUGUUGCAGUCGGAGGCGAUCAAGUUUCCCGAAGGCAUGUCUAAGCACAUGGGUGCCGGCGAGCCAUCACCGUGCAAGAUGUGCGCGUGUCCCCAGCCAGAGGUCGAGGCUAUACUGAAACGCAAUUUGCUUCAUCGAGGAGCCGAUGCUGAUUUCAGGUUUGGCCACGAAGUCGCUGCGCUAGAGCAGAAUAAUGCUGAGGUCGUCUCCGUUCGAAUCCGUGAUACCGCAACAGGUAUCGAGGAGCUCAUCUUGGGCGACUACCUCGUGGCUGCCGACGGCGGACGUAGCCUGAUUCGGCAUGAGCUUGGCCUCUCGCUCGAGGAGCUUGAUCCAGGGCACCCGUUCCUCAAUGUCUUUUUCGAGUGCGACCUUGCAGCGCUACUGACGGAGAAGCGCACGUUCAGCCAAUGCGAGAUUGAGCAGAAGGAGCGGGGCAUCAAGGGCAUCUUUGCAUCUAUGAACAACACCGACAAGUGGGUCCUCCACCUCCAUCGCGACUUCGAUCCAAAGCUGGACCCGGCGAGCCUCUCUGACGAGGACCUCGUCAAGGUCAUCAGGAGCGCAAUCGGACCUGAACCGAUACCGGCCAUCAAGAUUCUCAAUCGUUCGGAAUGGCACUCUGCCGUGCGCGUCGCAAGAGCCUACCGAAAGGGUCGGGCGUUCCUGGCGGGAGACGCAGCCCACAAUAUGCCGCCGUGGGGAGGCUUCAAUGGCAAUUCGGGCAUUGCCGACGCGCACAACAUUGCCUGGAGGCUUGCAGCUGCUCUCCAUGCCGAUGCAAAGGAAGAGACCGACGCGAUCCUGGAUGGAUACGAGCAAGAGAGGAGGCCAUUGGCUAGACUUGCCGGCACGCAGGCUGCGCUGCGAAAGGACCUCGAAGGUCGCUUUGGCAUCCGAACAGAGUCCAACAAGCAACAGGUCGACCAGCAAAUCGACGGCGGUGCGAUCCUGAUGCGCUACCAGUACGGCAACGACACAUCUGGAAAGGCUUCUUCGGUCAAGACACUCGAGGGACAGGUCGGCACGCGUUUCCCGCAUGCCUGGAUCGAUAUGGGCGAUGGUAUCAAACGCUCGACUCUGGAUCUGUUUGGCAAGGAGUCAGUCAUCCUUGCGGGUCCAGAAGCGAAGGAGAUGCUCCGUGGAGGAGCUGUGCGAACGCUCAAAGCUAGCAAGGAUUUCCACUUCCUGGACCAUCCUUCGACCCAGUGGACCACUCUGACAGGGACGACUCAGGUGGGCACAAUUCUGGUCAGACCAGAUGGCUUUGUCAAAGAGCGCACAUCCUAGCAUUCCAUUGGUAGCAAGGGGGAUGCUCUUCUUUGUGAACGAUGAAUGUAGAUGUUUGUUUAAGGUUGCCGUAAUUGAGAACAACCUCUCUUUCUUAUCGAGCGUUAUCGCUCU